AUGUAUACCUUCUUCAUUCUUCUGCUCACCAUCUGGCAGGCUCAAGCUGUCACUUUAACGCAGAGUUUGAUCUCUGAAUCUGGAUCUGGAUUCCUGGAUGAGAAUGGAGUCUGUUACUGCACCAUCGACCUUCCAGAUACCACCUUCCCGGCUGACCGCUUUGAGAGACUGGAGAUAGCAAACCGCAAUCUGACAAUUACUGUGGAGAAAGAAAUCACUAAGAUCUACAUCUAUCAGAGUACAUUGACCGUGUAUAUAGAACAGCUGAAGAACCUGACCAAACGUGUGGAGAUCAUGGAGAACGGAGGUCACUCCUACACUGAGCUGGACUUUGAGCUCAUCAAGUUGGAGAUCAAAGAGAUGGAGAUCCUCAUAGUGCAGCUGAAAGAGUCAUUUAAUGGCUCCAAUGUCAUAAUAGAGACUCUCUACCAGGAGAUCCGUAAUAUUUCCAUCAUGGUGAACCAAUUGGAAAUCUAUGAUAAGAACAACGUGCUGGUGAUCAGACGGGAGAUUGCGGCUUUGAAGAAACGCCUGGAGGAGUGUGAGAAGAACAAUACAAAACCAGAAUAUCCUUCCCUUCCUUCACCAGAUAUUGGUACUUGUGAACAUGGCCAGAUCAUUAACAUCAGCAAACCAUUGGUUGUCCAAAUAAAUUGGUUGCUAGGCAGCUAUUUGUAUGGAGGAUGGGGGAGAGAUUCACUACUAGGAGCCGAUCAGAAUGUCCAGUGGGUGGCUCCUCUAAAAACUGAUGGAAGGAUGUUGGAAACUCUGCAUUUCUACCCUUCAUAUAAUGAUCUCAAAAUCUACAGUGGUGCCACAGCAAGGACUCUAUCAAGUGGUCAAGGUAGUGGAAUGAUCUUGUACAACAGCAUGUUGUACUAUAACUGCUACAACACCUUGAACAUCUGCAAGUAUGACUGGAGAAACAAUGUGUACGCCCGAGCGGCUCUCCCUGGUGCCACAUACACAAACCGGUUCUCCUACUCACACACAGCUUGGCAGGACAUUGACCUAUCCGCUGAUGAACAGGGUCUUUGGGUCAUUUAUUCAACUGAACAGAAUGCUGGAAAUAUUGUCAUCAGCAAACUUAAUGAUACUACUCUUGUAGUACUGCAGACCUGGAACACCAACCAGUUCAAACAUGGAGUCAGCAAUGCUUUCAUGGUGUGCGGGGUCUUGUAUGCUACUCGAGCCAUCAGCACAAAGCAAGAGGAGAUCUUCUACAUGUAUGAUACCAAAACUAAUGAAGAACGGAGGUUGAGUGUAAUUUUUUUGAUAAACCAAAAGAGAAAGUGCAAAGUCUGUCCUACAAUCCUAAUGAUCACAGGCUCUACAUGUACACUGAUGCUUUCCUGGUCUAUUAUGACCUCUCUUUCAGUUUGCUAUCCAAACCCAAAUCGAGGAUUAUACGUUCCAAAAUAA